CGAGAUAGUACGUACUCGACCAUGCUCCCUCCUUUACAGCUCAGCUCAACCCUACAAUAUAAAAAGAGCAAGAAAGACAACCCCCCUCCUCUCACCCUGUCUCACCAGCAUUCCUCAAUCGCCUUCCCUCUUGCAAGCAACCUCUUCUUCCUCUCCAUCAACACCCCAAGCACCCUCGAGCAAAACCACAAUGGUCCAACUCUUCACCCUUGGCCUCCUCCUCCUCGGCGCCCUCGCCACCACCACCCAAGCAUGCACCUACUGCCAAUGCGAAUUCGCCAACAGCGAGCAUUGCUGCGUGUACUCGGACGCAAGCGCCGGAGAGCUGGACUGCGCGUCCAUCUGCGCCAACGCUCAUCGCGCGGAUGGGGUCAGCAACUCGGAUGGAACGGCCGGCACCGCCUGCAAUGCUGGGGGGAAGUAUGAGUGUAUUAGUGCGUUCACGGCGUUGGAUCGGACGCCUUGUUAUACGGAGUAGAUUUUGAGGGAGCCCGGGGGAGAAGGGGGUUGGUGGUUGGGUUGGGUUGUGGGGGCGUCUUGGGGACUAGGAUAGUUGGUAUAGUAAAGGGGGAGUGUCGGUUAGAAGUUAGGCUCGUUUUGUUCUUGGUUGGGAGAUAUUCGGAGCGUCAUUGUGUGCUGGGUGAAUGUUGCUCUGGGGGGGGGGUAAAUGGGGUUGUUUCUGGUAUCCUGUGGAGCGGUUUCAGAAGUAGGGGAUGACUCAUUCUUCUUUCGGGACAGUUCAUGGGCAUUAGUAUCACUAGGUAUGGCUUGAUAACCGUACGGUGGAGACAGUAUACGAAAGGUAUCCGAUCUGACUUCUAAUGAAAAGUACACAUUGGGUGGUGCGAAAGACGGCAAUUG